AUGGAUUUCACGGCCGACCCUCCUCUUACCAAGAAUGGGACAGACACAUGCGGUCAUGGAACUCAUGUUGCCGGGAUUGUUCUUCAACUUGCUCCGAACGCUGAGCUUCACGUUGGUCGAGUGUCCCUUGACAGGACCUUCGACAAAAGAACUGACCCCGAAUGUACCGCUAGGAUUGCAGAGGCAAUUCGUUAUGCCGUGGACGUUUGGGGAGUGGAUGUCAUUUCCAUGUCCCUUGGCUUCUCCAGCAUCCCCACAGAUGUAAAGGAAGCUAUCAUCUAUGCUUAUUCCAAAGACCGUAUUCUAGUAGCUGCAGCCUCAAACAAUGGCAAUUCCAAAAUCGGGAACGUGACCUAUCCUGCCAGCCAUCUUGGUCUGGUCAUCUGUGUCAAUGCUGCGAACUAUGCUGGCACUCCACACGAAUUCAACCCACCUGCAACAUCCAGUAAAGACAAUUUCUCAAUUCUUGGAGAAGAAGUGAAAUCAACUUGGUCAAAAGACGCGAAAGGAGACGCGAAGCAAGACGAAUUGGAUCUCAUAGUAGAAGAAGGUGCACCGUAG